UUUCCUCGGGAAAAGACGGUUGUGGAAACGAUGGCUCCGGCAGGGCAGGAAGAAGAAUGUGUCAGCGGAGCUCAGGUCAUCGCGGAAGCGCUGAAGGUGCAAAACAUCGAAUAUAUGUUUGGCAUUGUUGGUGUUCCAGUGAUCGAAGUAGCAGUUGCUGCUCAAGCAAGUGGAAUUAAAUAUAUUGGAAUGCGCAAUGAACAAGCUGCUGCCUAUGCUGCCUCUGCAGUUGGGUAUCUGACGGGCAGGCCUGGCGUGUGCCUUGUAGUUUCUGGUCCUGGCCUCAUACAUGCUCUAGGUGGAAUGGCAAAUGCAAACAUGAAUUGCUGGCCUUUGAUUGUUAUUGGAGGUUCCUCAGACAGAAAUCAAGAAACGAUGGGAGCUUUCCAAGAAUUUCCGCAGGUUGAAGCUUGUCGGCUGUACAGCAAAUUUUCCGCCAGACCCAGCAGUCUUGAAGAUAUUCCUGCUGUGAUUGAGAAGGCUGUCAGAAAUAGCAUCUACGGUCGCCCAGGUGCCUGUUACCUUGACAUACCAGGAGACUUUGUAAAUAUGCAGGUGAAGAAGAGCUCUGUCAAAUACAUCGAGUGCUGCUCAGCACCUCCCAUCAGCAUGGCUGAAGUGGCCGCUGUUUCCAGGGCGGCUUCAUUCAUUGCACAUUCCAGAAAACCACUCCUAAUUAUUGGCAAAGGUGCUGCUUAUGCACAUGCUGAAAACAGCAUCAGAAAGUUGGUGGACCAAUGUGGGCUUCCAUUUUUGCCUACACCAAUGGGGAAGGGAGUAGUUCCUGACAACCAUCCAUACUGUGUGGCUGCAGCCAGAUCUAGGGCACUGCAGGGGGCUGAUGUCAUAAUAUUACUGGGUGCCAGACUGAAUUGGAUUCUACACUUUGGUCUUCCUCCAAGAUUUCGGUCAGAUGUAAAGAUUAUCCAGGUAGACAUUUGUGCAGAAGAGCUGGGGAAUAACGUGAAACCCGCUGCAGCCUUACUGGGUGACGUGAAAGCAGUGACGGAGCAGCUUUUUGAUCAGCUGAACAAAAUGUCUUGGAAAUAUCCUUCUAGCGCAGAGUGGUGGAAAGAACUACGGGCAAAAAUGAAAAGCAACGAGGAAGCAUCCAAGGCAUUAUCACUACGCAAGCAUCUGCCAAUGAAUUACUAUCAAGUAUUCCACCAUGUCAGGGAACUUCUGCCAAAGGACUGCAUUCUGGUUAGCGAGGGAGCAAACACUAUGGACAUUGGGCGCACUAUGCUUCCAAAUUAUCAUCCCCGCCACAGGCUUGAUGCUGGUACCUUUGGCACCAUGGGAGUUGGGCUAGGUUUUGCAGUAGCAGCUGCUAUGGUUACUAAAGACCGUAAUCCUGAGCAACGUGUCGUCUGUAUAGAAGGAGACAGUGCCUUUGGAUUCUCUGGCAUGGAGGUAGAGACCAUCUGCAGAUAUCAUUUGCCGAUCGUCAUUAUCGUAGUCAAUAACAAUGGGAUAUACAGUGGCUUGGAUCAAGAUACGUGGAAGGAAAUCUUGAAGCUGGGAGAACCUUUUGUAUGCAUUCCUCCAGUGUCUCUAUUGCCAAACGCUCACUAUGAGCAGAUUAUGUCUGCCUUUGGUGGCAAAGGGUACUUUGUGCAGACACCAGAGGAACUGCAAGCUGCCCUGAAAACAAGCCUGGCGGGAAAGGAUGUGCCUUCCCUCAUCAAUGUCAUGAUCGAUCCACAGUCAGACAGGAAGCAGCAAGAUUUUCAUUGGUUGACCCGUUCGAACAUGUAGCAGAAGCUGCAAGGACUGGAAGACAUCAGCAGAAGACCGCUGAACUAAAGCGAAUGAACGUUCCGAUUCACACUAAUUCUUCAUGUAAUUUGAGGGUCACAUUUAAAGUAUUGGUAAUAUAGAUUGGGGGAGGGGGCUUUUUUUGGCUCCAUGGACCAGAUUUGACAGGUGGGUGGGUGUCAUAUGGUGUUGUUAUGAUAUCACAUGAUUGACAGGUGGGCGGCCCUGCCCACGUUUCAAAAUCCCCCGCUAAAUGAGCGGGGAGGUACUUCAGAGAGCGGUUUGCGAAACAGCUCACGUCCUCCCUGGCAAUUGGCUAUACUGGCUGGGACUGAUCAGGCUUGGAGUUCCAGAGCAUCGGAAGAGCCCUUGCUUCCCCAGCCCUGUUUCAAAAGGCUGAGAGCAACCAUAGUGCUGCACUAUAUGUGCUUUUCCGUACAGUGCAAUUUCAGCGCUGUUGCGGCUGCAUUUAGGGCCUCGUGUCGACAUUCAUGGCAUCCACGUUGCAACAAAUUCCACCUUGGAAGCUGGACUUUUUUUGUUGAAGUUCAGGUGUAAAAACACCUACAACUGAGGUGUCAACAAACAGUAAUUUAGUUUAAAACAAAUUCAGAGUCUGUGCGCGGGUUAAAUAAAAGCCACUGAGCCUGGUUCUGAAUUUCAGUGUGCAUUUACAUUAUGGCAGUAAAUGGACAUAGUGUGAUGAGUUCUGAAUAUAUAAAGCUGCUCAACCAUUUUUAAUAGCUUCCUAUACCUGAUAUCCACCCACUUUUGAAAAAUCAGCAUUCUGUAUAAUUCAUUUUGAAAACAAAUGUUUGUUUAAUCAGUGCCUUCAUAAAACCACCAGAGGGCACCCUUCAUUCACGAUUCUUUGUUCCAUAACUAUGUACUAUGCAAAACUUGGAUUCCCCCCCCCCCCCAAUGGAAUUUUUCAGUGUUUUAUUGGGUAGGGAAACUGCUGAAUUAUAAUUGAGCCAUUUCAUAAGUGGUUUUGAAAAUAUGUCAGUAGCUGAUAAAAUAUUGAACAAAGUAUCAGCAUACCAAAUACAGAAUUUUAAAUAGUG